UGUAAGUCCAAACAAAGCAGCAUUUCAAUCCAACCUGUCUGACCCAUGUGUAACCUCAGACACCAGCAUCCCUGAAGUCCUGGUUGUUGGUCAAACAUGUGAUGUUAAACAGUCAGCUGACACAAAUCAAGUUAGACUGACAAUCACCGGCAGAGAGGAGGAUGAUAUGAAUGUUGCCUCUUCUCAAAAUUUCACCAACUUUGAUGAUGGAUCACCACAAUGUUACCAAGAGUGGAUGCCUAGAAGCACAGAAAUCAACGUUGCCCCAUCCCUCCCUACUCUGAAUCCCCCAGAAAACCCACUGUCGAGCAUUGGUCUGCAAUCCAUUAAAUUCCCCAAUCAAAGUCAGAAUUCCACUCUUAGUCCAGUCAGAAUGCCUUGUGGUGAAAUUGAGAGUCCCACAAAUAUGGUAUGGUCCCCCACCAAGCUGGCGUCCACAAACACCAUGGUUCCUCCAAAACCAAUUCCAGGGGAGUCUGAGGAAGACUUCCUGAGGAGGAAGCGAGAGUACUGGAGAAUAAAAAAGAAGGAGCAGAGAGCAAAGAAAGCCAUUCAGGUCAAGGGAGUUAUCCCGAGGACCCUCUCCAAUAACUGGAGGCCCGUCGUACCUGUCCAGGAUCCACAGACUCAGGAGGAAGCUGCCCAGGAUUCUGGUGCGUGUGCAAGCUCCUCUGAGGAAUCUGACAACAUAAUGAGCAUGUCCAUGGACUCCAACUCGGGACCUUUUACACACUCAGAUUAUGCUGCACCAGGUGAAGGUGAGACAGAGAUUCUGUUUGCAGACUUUGUUGGUAACAACGACGAGGAGGGUCCUUUGUCAGAGACAGUUUGGAGGAACCGCUACCUCAUGGACUACAAUCCCCUCAACCAGCUGCUGGUGUGCAUGGUGUGUGGGGAGCUGCAGUACUCCCACAGCCUGGACGGAGUCAGGGCCCACAUUGAUGAGGUCCACCCACACACCCUGACCCUGGAACACCAGGAGAGGCAGCGGAUCCUGGAGGCCUGGGAUGAGCAGGUGUCCAAGCGGGAGCGCUUCUUUACCAGCCAGCUGCAGCAGCAGGGUGGGGCUCUGACAGAAACGUACAUGAACUGAUCAGCUGAAAGGAAGUCCGCAAGGAUCAACUGAAAACCCAAGUCCAAGAAGGAAAAGCAUCACUCUACGACUUGUGAUGCAUUUUUUAUUAGAUUUAUUGAAUUCAUGAAAGUCACCUUAAAAAAGCCACAAAUAAACUCUUCCUACCAGCGUUUAAUUCUAAGUUACAGUAUGACGUACUGAAGCUGACAAGCUAAUAGAUUCUUUAGGCUUGUUGCUAUGGAGAUAUGCAGUGAUGCUGAUGGAUCCAGCGUCUUUUCUAGACCCUGAAGAAACUUAAGACUUUAGGAAUUAGUAGGAAACGCAGUUAGUCUAAGCUACAGCAGAGUGGAAACACAAUUCGUAAUUUAUAAUA